AUUUUGAACCGCCGCAAUUUGGAACCACUGGGAAGCAGAAAUCGCCAAUCUUCCGUUCAACGCCACUUUGACGGGUGGGUUCGGCGGCCCCUAUUACUUGCAGACCGCUGAUAAAAUUUCCCAUAACAUAAAAUCCUUGUUUUCAGGCCGGAAAAGGCCGGAAAAUUGAAAAAUCGCCGUGAAAUCUGAUUUUCCGGGUCCAAAUUCCAAAACACCUUGAAGUUCAUCACUAGUGCCACUUUCUAAGCAUUUUCAGUGGAAAAACCUGUCAUAUAACAACUGGAAGCUCAGGUUCCUGACUUAGUUCUGGAAGGAGAGGUAGAAGCAAGAUGGGUUCGGAAGAUGGGGUCAUAGAAGUUGAUCGUAUAGAGAGGAGAUUAUUAUCAGAUGAGCAAUCUCAAGAACAUAAUGAAGUUGGUGAUGAGACUGUCUUAUACAAAGCAUCCUUUGAGGAGAUGGAAGAUAAUUUUGUCAAAUAUCAGACUACUCAAUGGGUUAUGUAUUCUUUACUUCUAAUUGUAGCAUGGGGGGCGGGGCUAAUCAUGUUGCUUUAUCUGCCUAUAAGGAGAUACAUUGUUCGGAGAGACUUUAGAUCGAGAAAGUUGUAUGUCACCCCAAAUGCUAUAAUUUACAAGGUUACGAGACCGGUGUUCUUGCCUUGUUUUGGUGUACUCAAGAAAGAAAAGCAUGUACUUCUUCCUUCUGUAACAGAUGUAGUAGUUGAACAAGGAUACUUGCAGUCCAAGUUUGGCAUAUACUCUAUUAGACUAGAGAAUUCAGGUGUAAGAAGGCCUCCAAGUGAUGACAUUCAGAUUCAAGGGAUUGUUCAUCCAAGGGCAUUCAGGAAGGCCAUCCUAGUUCUUCUCGCAAACAUGAGGAAAGAGGGUCUAGCCAGAGAAGUCUCUGUUAAUGAAGGGAUGCCAAGUUUUGGGUCUGGUUUCCACUGCCCUCCUCCGCUAUGGGCACGGAUUAAUGUGGAGAACCGGUUGACGCCUCGAUCAAUGUCACCUUGUGCUCUCUACCAUGAUGCAUUCCAUUCUUCGGAAGAAUUGAUAUUGCAGAAACUUGAGGAAGUUGGAAGUUCUGUGAAGAGGGUUCAGAGUUUGAUUGAGGUUCAAAAUCCAAAUCAACAGACACUGUCACUUGAAGCAACUCUGCUGAGGAGUGUAUGAUGAUAUAGGUUCUAUACAUUAACCAUGUAGCAUACUACAAAAAUGAUUUGGGAUUUCCAUAGGAUAUAUGUCAUGCUUGGAUCUGAAGAGUUACAUUUAUCCAAGUCAGAUUUCACACAGUUUGUUGAUGAACACCACAUGCUCAUGUGGAAGCAUUUGCUCACUGCUGCCAUCUACGUUGUUAUGUUCGGAAAUCAAAGAGUUUGAUGGGUUUCAAACUUUAUUUCUGUUUAAUGCAUGGGCUGCUGCUGCUUUUUUUGUGAUAUAAAGUUUGUCAGAGUCAAAAUUUCCUUGGUGUAAAUAUAUAUACAUAAUGAAUGAAUCUUGUAAUAAU